AUGCCAGAAGAAGCAGUUCGUCGUCAACGACGACGGAAGCGGCGCCGGCCGCAAGAGAGAACUCGUGGGUCCAAUGCCAACCACAAUGCUGCUACAAACAAGGAUUCCUCCGCCGCUGUCCGUCGCAAGCCAACGGCAACCGCUAAAAGUCUUAAAAACUUCGAAGAUGACUCAUCCUUGGCAUUCUUGGAUUCCAAUGGAGCUGCACUAUCCGAUCACAAGGCGAUGCAAGUCAGUCUUUUGAAACUGUUGCACAAACGACAAACCGGCGGAAACAAUACAAACAAUCGGAGAUCCAAUGUUCGGACUUGGCAACAACAAACACUCUUCCAAUUUACCAAACGUCCAAGAGUCAAACCAGCAACUGCUUUGCGGCACGAAAAUAACAUGUCCAAUGCGCCUCCACAACGACGAGAAUGGCGGCCAUUUGUCAAACGCUGCAUUCCAUUCACCCAGCUGGGAACACCAGUCCUGGAUGCUGUACUUGCACCAGAACGAAAAGGAUCCUUUGUGCUCAGCUUGGGUGCCCAGCACCCUGGAAGUGAGGUUCCUCUCCUAUUGGCACUGAGAUUCUAUGGGGUACCUAGUCCGUCUGGCAUGGAACGACAAAAGAAAAUUGCUGGAAAGGCCAGGGGGAUUACGCCCUUGCUACAAACCGUUCCGCUGCUCUACAAUGACAUUCCAUCCAAUGAAUCCAUGGAAGAUAGUAUUUUUAAUUUUCGACGCAACAUUUCGCCAGCAUCCACUCCCGUGUCCAUAUUAGUGUCGAACGAUUGGAACAUUGGCAUGGCCAUGUUUCAACCAUCCAAUGUUUGGAGGGAGGAAGGACCAGUUGGCAAUCUCGUCUUGUUUUCUCUACCUCGAAGUCGUUCGGAUGUGAGAUACGCUAGAGCAUUUGUUUGCAAGAAUGUACGAAUGGGUGGAACUGCAUUCGUUACACUUCGAAAUUUGAUGUGGCGAGUGGAUAAGCUUCCGUGCUUAGAUCCAAACCAAGCGGAGCCGUUCUUGGGCCAUUUCAAUUCCAUUAUUCAGCUUCCGGGGUACUUGGUAUUGAAUGACGAAGAAGAUGGCUUCCGUCUGACAUGGGUAAUGGAGUGCUGGAAUGUUCUAGAAAAAGGACUCAAGACACAGACCGGGGGCUCUGUCCUUGAGAAUGGGUUCACUCCAGAAUCCAAUAUUAUCUCCCGACAAGAUACUUGGGAAGAGAUUUGCUAUGAAACUUCUAGUGGGAAACGGGUUCCACUAGACCCAACAGCAGAAACGCCAUUGAAUGUAACCUCUGGAAGCACAGUCUCUUGUGAAGCGUUUCUGCACGUUGAUAUUAUGCUAGGGGAAAUUUUGAGUCGACGAAAGAAAAAGGUGUCCGAGAGUCACCCACAGUUUUACUACAACCUCAUUUCGAUUGCCUUUGGUGGUAGGGUUGCUGACCUUGUCAUUGUAUUUUUGCGAGGUGGAGGAAAACCUGGAUCACUGGGAGUCUUUGUUAGAGCAGACUUGUUUUCCGGAACCAUACAAGAACUGGAUUGGGUACAAGGUAGAAAAGUGGUUGAUAUGACAUCUCUGAGAGCCUGGUCCAACUCGCUAGCCCUAAACAGAAGGAUGCGACAUGUGAGAGCGGGUCCAUUUUCGGUCAACACCAAAGGUCAUUCCAGAGAUUGGGGACGUUUGUGCCAAGAGAUGGCCUAUAUUGAUUAUGACGAAAAGGAUGACUACGAUUACUCCUUCUGGACUGAGUAUUUGGCCAAUCCCGAAGACAAACGACCGCCCAAAAGGGUUUCCCUGUCAAGCAUCUAUCCCGAUUGUGAUUUGGUGACGAAUAAUGCAAUCACAUCCUGUUUGCCUGUCUCUUCGCUGCAAUGCAAAGAUUCGCCAAUCCAACUCAUCUAUGGCUAA